AUGGAAAAGUUGAAACAAGGAGCAAAGUUCGGUGAUUACCGCCUUGUGCAGUGCGUUGGUCACGGAGCUUUCGGUUCUGUCUGGUCAGCUAAAAAAGAGCAAGAAGAACAAGCAAUUUACGCUAUCAAAUUUGAAUUUCCUACAGUUUCAAAACCAAUUCUUGCCAGCGAAGCACUUAUCAAUCAGGAUUUGUCAAAUCUCGGUACAUUUACAAAAUUUUACGAAUCAGGAACACUUCAAGGCUUGUCUUACAUGGUUAUUGAAAUGCUUGGCAUGUCAGUACGUAUUUUCCAAGAAAACCAUCCUGGAGGUAUCUUACCACUCAGUGAAGUCGGCAGAUUAGGAGAUGCCAUGUUAACUGCCAUUCACAAAUUCCAUGACGCCGGAUACGUUCAUCGUGAUAUCAAACCAUCCAACUUCGUCUUCCGUGGGAGACCAGCAGAUCUCGAUGUUUGCUUAAUUGACUUUGGCUUAGCAAAGAGAUGGAGGAAUAAAGAUGGAACAAUCGAGCCUGAACGUCCAAAUGUAGGUUUCAGAGGUACAUCUCGUUACGCAUCCAUUAAUAGCCACGAUGGCGCAGAUCUUGGACGCCGUGAUGACCUUUGGUCACUGUUUUAUCUUUUGAUCGAACUUUUCGCACCACCUUUGCCAUGGAAGGCUCAAACAUCAAAAGAUGCAGUUGCACAGAUCAAGCGUCGCGGUGUUGCAAAGCUUUGCGUUGGUUUGCCACCACAAUUCAACGACUUCGCACAACAUUUAUCUACAUUAGGUUUCGCGGAUGAACCAAACUACGAGCAUCUUCACGACUUACUCCACGGAAUUACAGAAAUCGGAGACAAUGAAGGCGGUGGGUCUGAUUAUGGCGGCUCUUUGAGCGCACAGUUCGGAUCAAUGUCACUCAUUGUUGCUCCAAACAGUGGAAGUGUUAUCGGAAGCUCUUCCGCUGUUCUUGGUUCUUGGGAAGAAGGAGCAAGAAAUGAUAACAUCGAAGUCAACGAUUCUAUCAACGAAGAAAACGAAAACCAUGAAGAGAAACCUAAUAAAGAGGGCUCAGGUGGCUGCUGCAUCCUCAUUUAA